AUGUCGCAAGAAGAGCAGAAAGACAACAAUGACCACUUGGUCAAGUCGGAUGACCCAGAGCACCCAGCCAACCUGAUCCCCGAGCUCUGCCGCAAAUUCUACAACUGGGGCUGGGUCACUGGUACUGGUGGUGGUGCUUCCAUCCGUCGCGACGAACAUAUUUUCAUCGCCCCCUCUGGUGUUCAGAAGGAGUUGAUGCAGCCUCACAACAUUUUCGUCCUAGAAUACCCAACCCCCAAAUACCCUCCUUCGGAUCGCAAAUACAUCCGCAAACCUCUUGCAUUGAAGCCUUCUGCGUGCACCCCUCUGUUCCUUGCUGCCUUUGAACGCGGUGCUGGCUGCUGCAUCCACACGCACUCGCAAUGGGCGGUCCUGGUUACCCUUCUGGUUGAGCGAGAGAAGGGCCCGGAGGGCAGCUUUGAAAUUACUAACAUUGAGCAGAUCAAGGGUAUUCCCCGCGGUCCCGGUAAGGGCAUGCUUGGAUUCUUCGAUACUCUCAAGAUUCCCAUUAUCGAGAACACUGCAUUUGAGGAAGAUCUCACAGGCGCCCUGGAGAAGGCUAUGGAUACCUAUCCGGACACAUAUGCCGUGCUUGUGAGGAGACAUGGAAUCUAUGUUUGGGGCGAUGAUGUCGCCAAGGCAAAGACUCAAUGUGAGAGUCUGGACUACCUAUUCCAGCUCGCUGUCGAGAUGCACAAGCUUGGCAUCCCAUGGGUCAAAUAG